UACAUUAGAAUUUGCGACUUGCGAGUGUCUGCCCAGCUCAAAACGACCCCCAAAACCAGAGAGAGAAGUAUCAAUGGCGGAAACCUCUGAUAUGGAAGUGAAGACCCUCGAGAAAACUCACAAUGAAGUGGAAGUUGAUACAGAAAUGGAAAACCCUAGUUCUUCCGAUUCGGAGUCGGAGUCGGAAUCGGAGUCGGACGAUGACGUCGAAGAUCUCCGAGUGGAAGCCCUAGAGAAAGAACUGGCGGAGAACCCGUCGAGUUACGAGACUCACGUUCAAUACAUAAAAUCUCUGAGGAGACUCGGCCAUAUUGAAAAGCUACGUGAAGCAAGAGAGUCGAUGAAUGCUCUUUUCCCUUUAACCCCUGCAAUGUGGCAGGAGUGGGUCAAGGAUGAAGCCUCACUGAGCACUGGACCCGAGACUUCUGUUGUAAUUGAAAAACUUUUUGAGCGAGGUCUACAUGAAUAUCUGUCUGUGUCUCUAUGGUGUGACUGCAUAACUUAUGUACAAGAGAAUGACCCAUCAGUCCAUGAAUAUUCGCCAGCUGGUAUCUUGAAAAUGAGGAACUUAUUUGAACGUGCUCUUACUGCUGCUGGAUUGCAUGUUGUUGAAGGCAAUAAGAUCUGGGAAGCAUACAGAAAAUUUGAACAAGCUUUCAUUCAUACUAUUGAUGAUAGUGAUCGAGAGGGAAAAGAAAAGCAGGUCAAUCGAAUUCGAGGUAUAUUCCAUCGUCAGUUAUCUUUGCCUCUGGCUGACUUAAGGUCAACACUUUUUGCCUACAAGGCUUGGGAGGUUGAACAAGGGACUGCUCCUGAAGUUGAUCCUGGUGAGCUGGAUGGAGUUCCUUCUAAUGUUGUUUCAGCAUAUCAAAAGGCCAUUGAGAUGUAUAAUGCUCGGGUCCAUCACGAAGAAAAAAUUUGUAAGCAAGAUGCAUCAGACAUGGAGAAGCUUCAACAUUACAUGACAUACUUAAAAUUUGAACAGUCAUGCGGUGAUCCAGCUCGCAUUCAAAUCCUGUAUGAACGUGCCAUCACAGAGUUUCCUUUAUCAAGUGACAUAUGGCUUGAUUAUACUCGCUUUUUGGAUCACACAUUAAAGGUUCCCAGUGUUGCUAGGGAUGUAUAUUCCAGGGCAAUCAGAAACUGCUCCUGGAUUGGAGAGCUUUGGAGUCGAUAUUUGCUCUCCUUGGAGCGUGGUCAUGCUUCUAAAAAUGAGUUGUCUGCUGUCUUUGAGCAGUCCCUGCAAUGUACUUUUUCGAGCAUCGAAGAGUAUUUGGAUUUAUACCUUACUCGGAUAGAUGGUUUACGACGAAGGAUUUCAUUAACUGGUCCGGCAGAUGAUGCUCUCGACUAUGCCUUGAUAAGGGACACAUUUCAGCAUGCUGCGGAUUACCUCUCCCAAUACUUAAAGGCUGAAGGUGGUUUGUUACAUAAUUUGCAUUUGCAUGCUUAUUGGGCUCGUUUAGAAUUAAAGUUUGCAAAUGAUCCAGUUGCAGCUCGGGGAGUUUGGGAGAGCCUACUUAAGACCAGUAGUUCAAUGAUCGAGGCCUGGAAAGGUUAUAUAGGAAUGGAAAUUGAAAUGGGUCAUAUCCACGAAGCUAGAUCUAUCUACAGGAGAUGCUACAGUAAAAGAUUCAAUGGAACUGGUUCAGAGGACAUAUGCCAUUCUUGGUUACGCUUUGAGCGGGAGUAUGGUACUCUGGGAGAUUUUGACCAUGCUUUAAGGAAGGUGACUCCACGCCUUGAAGAGCUUAAGUUAUUCAUAUCACAACAACAGGCCACACAUCUUGCUGCACCAGCAACUCAGAAAGAGAGAGCCCCUGCAAAAAAUCUCUCACAAAAAAGAGGAUCAAGCGCAAGAUUAACAGAUGAACAGAAUCCACCGAAGAGGCAGAAGGGAGUUUUUCAGAAGGAUUCAACUCAGAAGUCAGGUACAAAGAAAGAUAGGCUCAAUGAAGUCAAGGCUAACAAACCUGAAAACUCAGAUGAGCAACAAGUCAAUGAUUCCGGAGCUGGGAAAACAAAAUUGUACAGUGAUGAGUGCACUGUGUUUAUUUCAAAUCUUGGCUUGGAGGCAAAUGAAGGACAUCUGCGUGAUUUCUUUAGCGACAUUGGUGGAGUCACAGAUAUUCGGAUCUUGAAGGACAAGUUCACUCGCAAGUCAAGGGGUCUGGCCUAUGUGGAUUUUUCGGAUAGCACACAACUUGGAGCAGCUGUGUUAAAGAACAGACAGACACUGCUUGGUAAGAAAUUGAGCAUUGCACGGUCAGAUCCAAAACGAAGCCAAAAGAAGGUUUCCUUUGGAGCUAGCACUGCACCGGAUCAUGGUAUGGGUGCAGGACAUGAAGAACCUAUUGCAGCCUCUAAAGAGUCUACUGGACCUCAUAAGUCAUCUUCAGUUUCCAAAAGGCGUGAAGACCGAGUCCAGCUCAAGGGGAAGAACACAUUUGCGGUGCCAAGGAAUUUGGUUAGACCCCUGGGAUGGAGUAAGAAUGAACAGACGAGUGAGGAGGAUGAGAAGCCAAAAUCUAAUGAUGAGUUCAGGGAUAUGUUGCUCAAAUCCAACAAGGUUGACAAGUAGGGAUUUGAAUAGAGAUGAAUGACAAAGGGAGGAUCAAUGGAGCCACUCCAUUUAGUUGGGAUAAGGCUUAGCUGAGUUGAGUUGUAAUAUUAUAAAGUGUUGUGGAUGGUUGUGGUGUUCAAUAUAACAUUGUAAUGAAAUUUUGUUUUGUGCAAUCUGAAUGCAUCACAGAAUUAUGGGCUUAUAGCCAUGUGUAAGGAAUCAGGAUAUUCAAGAUAGAUCUGAUAUGAAUAUUUGAUUGU